UUUUGGACAGUCAGUCUCUCAUUCAGUCAGUCAUUUGGGCUGCUGCUGCCUCACCAUGGCUGUUCUCUCUGCAGAGGUCCUCCGUUGGCAUGCUCGGAUCGAGGAGCUGGAGGAGGAGCUGGAAGCAGAACGAGCAAUGAGAGCUAAGGUGGAGAAGCAGAGAGCAGAUUUAACCAGAGAACUCGAUGAACUCACUGACCGGCUUGAGGAGGCGGGAGGGGUCACAGCUUCACAGAUGGAGGUGAACAAGAAGCGGGAGGCCGAACUCCAUCGUCUAAGGCGGGAGCUGGAUGAGUCCUCUCUUCAAUCCGAAUCGAUCGCUGCUUCUCUGCGCAAGCGGCACGGCGAGGUGGUGUCAGAGCUGAGCGAGCAGUGUGAAGCUCUGCAGCGGACCAGGGUCAAACUGGAGAAGGAGAAACAGAACCUGAGGAUGGAGAUGGAUGACCUGUCUGCAUCAGUGGACAGCCUGCAAAAAGCCAAGAUGUCAUCAGACAGCCAGGUAAAGAAGUUAGAGGAGCAGCUUUCUGAGGCCAACAGGAGAGGAGACGAGCUGCAGAGGACGCUGUCUGAGCUCAAUGUGACAAAGACCAGACUUCUAGCUGAUAAUGCCGAUGUGAGCCGACAGAUGGAGGAGGCAGAGAGCAAAGUAAGCCAGCUGACCCGCUCCAAGAAUUUGCUCCAGACGCAGCUGGAGGAGCUGAAGAAGCAGCUGGAUGAGGAGCUGAAGGCUAAGCAGGCGGUGGGCAGCAGCCUGAGCUCAGCGCGGCAGGAGUGUGAGGUGCUGAGGGAGCAGCUGGAGGAGGAGCAGGAGAGCAAGCAGGAGAUGCAGCGCCUCGUCUCCAAACUCAACAGUGAAGUGACGCAUUGGAGGACUAAAUACGAGGCCGACGCCAUCCAGCAUGCAGAUGAGCUGGAAGAGACCAAGAAGAAGCUUCUAGCCAGGCUUCAGGAGGCAGAGGAGGCUGUGGAGGCCACCCAGGCAAAAUGCUCCUCACUAGAAAAAACAAAGCAGAGGCUGCAGGGAGAAGUGGAGGAGCUUUGCAUGGACCUGGAGAAGGCCAGCAGCUGUGGUCAGGCGCUGGACAAGAAGCAGCGAGUUCUGGAGAAGCAGCUCGGGGACUGGAAGCAGAAGUGUGAGGAGGUGGUGGCCGAGGUGGAGGGCUGCCAGAAGGAGAGCAAGCAACACGCCGCAGAGCUCUUUAAGGUUAAAACGGCUCAUGAAGAGUGUCUGGAGCAGCUGGAGGCUGUGCGCAGGGAGAAUAAAGCAUUCCAGGAGGAGAUAGCUGACCUGACAGACCAGCUGUCUGAUGGAGGUAAGAGCGUCCAUGAGCUCCAGAAAGCCAAGAAGAAGAUUGAGAUGGAGAAAGAGGAGCUCCAGGCAUCAUUAGAGGAGUCUGAGGCAGCUUUGGAGGCUGAGGAGACAAAGGUGCUGAGGCUUCAGCUGGAGCUGUCUCAGGCUAAAGGAGACCUGGAGCGCCGACUGCAAGAGAAAGAGGAGGAGGCUGAAGCUGUGAGAAAAAGCCACCAGAGGGCGUUAGAGUCUCUGCAGGCCAGCCUGGAUGUGGAGCUGAAAGGCAGAGCAGAGGCGCUGAAGCUAAGGAAGAAACUGGAGGCCGACAUUAACGAGCUGGAGGUGCAGGUUGACCUGCUCACCAAGAACAAUACAGAGCUCAACAAGAACAGCAAGAAGAUGCAGCAGCAGAUCAAGGAGCUGCAGGGUCAGUUGGAGGAGGAGGUGCGGAGCCACGAAGAGCAGAGAGAGGAGCAGGCGGCCUUGGAACGCCGCUGUGCUCUCUUGACCAGCGAAGGCCAGGAGACUCGCACAGCCCUUGAGAGCGCAGAGAGGGCCCGGAAAGUCCUGGAGACCGAGCUGCAAGAAGCCAAUGAAAAGUACGGGGAUCUCAGCAGCCAGUUUCAGUCAGCUUUAAAUGGGAGGAGAAAACUGGAGGUGGAUCUCCAGACUCUGCAGCAGGAGCAUGAUGAGCUGCAGACAGAGCUGAGAGGCUGCACAGAUAAGGUCAAGAAGGCCAACUGUGAGCUAGCGCGGGUCGGAGAGGAGCUGCGUCUGGAGCAGGAGCACGCACUUCACCUGGAGAGAGUGAAGAAAGGACUGGAAGGCCAGAUUAAAGAUAUGAGCACCAGGCUGGACGAGGCUGAACAGAUGGCUCUGAAAGGAGGCAAGAAGAUCAUCCAGAAGCUGGAGGGGAAGGUGAAGGAGCUGGAGUUGGAGUUAGACUCCGAGCAGAAGCGGCACGCUGAGACGGUGAAGACGCUGCGGAAGAAUGAGCGACGUCUGAAGGAGCUGCUGUUUCAGUCCGAGGAGGACCAGAAGAACCAGCAGAGGAUGCAGGAGCUGGUGGAGAGGCUGCAGAACAAGAUGAAGGCGUACAAAAGACAAGUGGAAGAGGCUGAGGAACAGGCGAACAUGAACCUGGCGAAGUACAGGAAGACUGUUCAUGAGCUGGAUGAUGCUGAGGAGCGGGCUGAUAUCGCAGAGUCUGCCCUGACCAAGAUCAGGACCAAGAACAGGGGCAGCUUCGGCAAAGGAUACUCCUCUGGUUACAGCACUCCGUACCCCAGCCUGGUCAGGUCACCCAGCUCUGCAGGCUCAGAGGGCAGAGGGGAGAAGAUCCUCAACAAUGACGACGACGAGUCGGUCAGCUCCCUCAUCCCAGCUUAUCUCAACUCCCUCAAGAAGCUUAUGAUCGAUUAGGGGGCACUAGAAUGUCUGCAACUCUUCUUCUUUCAGCAUUUGAAUGUCCUCUGAAGAAAAAAAGAAGAGCUACAGUGUUAAUGUUAAACAUCAGAGAGCCUCAGCAAUAAUCCCAGGACUAUAGGUUCUUAUAAAAUGGGCAUCACAUUUCUGUCUAAACUGUAUUUUGUGGUUGUCACCUCCUCCAUUCUCUCCUCCAAAGUGUCCUAGUUCUAAAUGUUCUGCUUUUAUAUGCAUUCAUUGUUAU